AUGACUUCUCUAUUUCGUCAUUCUGAUGGCAGUAAUUCUGCCACGACAUUAUCAACUUUAUACGAACCUUUAAUUUCAACUUCAAACUCUUACUAUGAACCACUUUCUAAAUCACUUUCGUCUAAAUCUUCAUCAUCAUCAUCAACAACAACAGAGAAAUUAUCAGAAAGGGAUCACAUAGCUUCCUAUCAAUGCGCCUCCAAACUAAACGAAUGUUGCAAACGUCAUGAUUGGAUAGGUUUCGGCUCCCUUCUUUCUCCUCACGAAAUUGAAAAAGGAAUCAAUGAAUUACAAUCCAAAUACGACAAGGAAAUCACUCCACAAACAUAUAUUAGCAUAUUCAUUCCUCGAUUAAUGAAAAGCAAUCGAGGAAAGUAUAAUAAUUUGGUGGAUUUUGAAUUUAGAAGAGAAUUUAUCUUUUCCAACUUGGAAGUUGCCUUUGUUUUCAAUUAUAUUUACAAAAAUAAUGUGGAAAAUGGUUAUUUGAUGAAUCAGAAUGGGAGAAGGGAGGGUUGUCUUGAGAAUUGUGGAAAGAGUGGACGAAAUCAAGUGUUGGAAAGUGAAGAUGUGAAAAUGUUUGAGGAGGAGGAAGUUUUGUGGGUUAGGAGAGAAAGCCCAAAUCAUUGUUGGAAGGUGCAAUUUAGUGGCACGCCCAUUCAGCAGUCGAUGGCUCCACAGUGUUGCAUUAUACUGUGA